AUGGCUUCACUUGUCUUCGUGCAGCAUGAAAAGCUCGCUCACCACGCCCCACAAUAUCGACUGGGCCCCAGACGGAAUUGCCUGACAUCGCGGGCGGGUGGCGGUCUUUCGUCGGUUGUCCGGGACGCGGGGCGGGGUGAUCGGCGCCGGUCCAUCGCGGGUGCGCCCAGCUGGCGUGAGGUCGUCGUCGUGCUACGAGAGAAGACUCUACGGGAGUCGAUGGACAUUGACGGAUAG